AUGCCGCACUCCAAGUACGACAGCCCCGACAAUGACCCCGACGACGCUCAUGUCUUCAAUCCAUUCUUCACCAACGACACACGCCAUGGCUUCAAUCGCCAACCGCUUGAAAAUAGGCAGCAUGUCAUCAGACGCUUAAAGACAAGGGCAACUGUCGACACACAUCAGGAACCACCCCCGUCGCCCACGCGGACACUCCUGGACCACGACAGCAAUGCCCUGGGCCUCGACAUCCCACGACCACGCUCUGCCUUGCACCGUGGCGACUUUCGAGAAGACGACGAUUCGCAAAAUACUAUCGCGACAUCUCCCGUAGUCCCAUGGCAUACCCAGUCGCAACUCCUGCCCCGCCCGCGAGCUGCUUCUCAGGCUUCCCUGUCUGGCAGCUUCUCUUACCAGCCGCCCACAAGUCCGCUCGUCCACCAGGCCAAUGCCAACGACAUGCCCGACCACGACUCACCUCACUUCACCCCAACGAGAAACCCCCAUGUUUCUCUGCACCGGCAUUCCUCGUUGCGUGCUUUUCCCUAUCAGGCACAUCAGCCUCGCCGCUCUAUCGGCUCAAUCUCCUCUUUGACCAUGUCACCAUAUCCCUCAGCUCGGCGUCCGUCCAUCUCGGAUGCAUCACCCCUACAACACGCACCCAUGGUUGGUUCAUACGAGGAGAGCAUUCUUAGGGGUCGCAUGUCUACGACCCCGUCAAAGCCCCUUGACUUUGUCGCUCAGAUCGGUGUGCUCGGAAAAGGUGACUGCAAGCCAAGUCUGAAAUGUCCGCCUCACCUCUCGAUUCCAUUUCCUGCCGUCUUCUACAGCUAUGCAUCUGGAACAACCACGGACCCAGAACCAAGCCCAUACGUCGGCAUGCUGGACUUGGAAAACACCUUGAAAAAGGCUGAUGACCCUGAGACUGCUGCGCCUCGCCGACGACGAAGACAUCAUCACGACCAAGACCACAACAAAACUAUAUCACACAGUUCAACGGAGAUCAACAACUUGGAUCAUGAUAAAAUGCAUCGACGUCAGCACAAACUCCAAAAGAGGACAAACACAGCAGCACCAGUAGGAUCAUAUCGCAUUCCUGAAGUCGGCCAACUGCAGAUCGUCAUCAAGAAUCCAAACAAGACUGCUGUCAAACUCUUUCUUGUCCCAUAUGACCUGUCGGACAUGCCUCCCGGUACAAAGACAUUCAUUCGCCAACGAUCAUACUCUGCUGGUCCCAUCAUUGAUCAGCCAAUCUCCAAUCUUAGCCGGUUUCCAGAUGUCAGCAUCACCGAUAAACCAAUUCUCCGAUAUCUGAUUCAUCUGAACAUUUGCUCCACGCAGAAAGGACGAUACUACCUCUAUGGCGGUGUGAGAGUCGUCUUUGCAAAUCGAGUACCAGACGGAAAAGAAAAGCUACGCACAGAGAUGCAAAUGCCCGAGCCAAGAUAUGUUGCCUGGAAACCAGCAACUGCCACAACAGACAUCAUCGAUGUGGCAACCAAGGCAAAGGAAGAUGCAAAGAGACGUCGUAGCGCUGUCUUUCCCUCGCAUGCUUCGUCCUUUGACAUGUUCCCCCAGCCUUCUUCUGGCUCGGUCGACAGCACAACAUCGUUCCAGCACUUCUCCUUCGGGCCUCAGCACGAGCAUCUGCCAACGCUGGAAAGCCGACCUCAGAGUCGCGGCGCCAUGGACGUUGACAGCGAAGCCUUCAACACUGUCCACAGCAUCGCGCGGGCAAGAGAAGAAAGAGGCGAAGAAGCAUUCAUCUUUGGAAGACGGGACGGAAAUGUUGACGUUAAGACGCGACAGGAGAGUCUGCUAUCCAGAAAGCUCAGAGAUCUGGAAGUCAGGGGGCACAAGUGA